UUUUACCUCCAAACACCUGCUGUUCUUUGAAUCGUUUCAUUUUACAUUAUAGAUACACAGAUUAGUAUGGACUGACUGGCUUGGGUUAGCACGGUUUGACCCGGGGGUAGAGCCCUGCAGCUCGGCUUUCGGAGGUGUUUAAUCACUGCUGACAGGGACCUGUGUCGCUUCCGUUAGCCUAGCCGGCUGCUAAUGCUAGCCGGCUAGCCGAGCAGCUAAACAACCCAACAUUGGUGUUAUUUAUUAAUUAGGGGAAUAAUGUUAAUUAUUCGUUUAGUUUCGCCCAAAAGGCUGAGGGUGCGUUGAAAGUUACAGGUGCGUUAAAACGUGUUGUCGCGUAGUUUUGUAACGAUGCGAAACUGAGAAGCGUCUUAACGUUAGCUUCAAAGUUAGGUAGCUUAGCAGGUCGGGGGAAGCUGAGCUCCUGCAGGCGGGAGAGAAGCUCCGGGAGGCCGCCGCAGCAGCCAGGCGAGUCCGCGGUCUGAGCCCGGCCUCCGGGAAGAGAGUGGUGGGGCAGUGCUGGAGGCCGUGCGUUGUGUGAGACUCAUCCUGCAUGGACUCGUCGCCAUGAGCAACAAGGAGAUGGUUUCCACGGAGACAGAGAACAAAGGACAGAGGAAGGUGUUUCUUCCCAACAAGCUGCUGGAGUGUCUCCCUCGGUUGUCCGGUCUUCCUAACGAGCGGCUCAGGUGGAACACUAACGAGGAGAUUGCUUCUUACCUGAUAUCGUUUGACAGACAUGAUGAGUGGCUCUCCUGCACCCUGAAAACCAGGCCGAAGAACGGCAGCAUCAUCCUGUACAACAGGAAGAAGGUGAAGUACAGGAAGGACGGGUACUGCUGGAAGAAACGCAAGGACGGAAAAACGACGAGAGAGGACCACAUGAAGCUGAAGGUCCAGGGCAUGGAGUGCCUCUACGGCUGCUACGUCCAUUCCUCCAUCGUGCCCACAUUCCACAGGCGGUGCUACUGGCUGCUGCAGAACCCAGACAUCGUGCUGGUCCACUACCUGAACGUGCCGUCCCUGGAGGAUUCUGGGAAAUGCAGUCCGCUGCUGUGUGCGGUGGCCGACCGCCAUGACAGCGUGAGGUGGAGCCGAGACGACCUGCUGAACCAGCUGAAGCCCAUGUUUCACAGUAUGAAGUGUUCGGUGGGUUCAGGUGAUUUCAGCAUUGAGGAGUUGGUCCAACACAUUCUGGACCGACAGAGAACCAAACCACAGCCGCGCACACACGCCUGCCUCUGUAACCCCGCCCAGGUAUCUUCAGGAGUGAACAUUCCCCACCGCUGUAACAGCACCAAGCAUCGCAUCAUCUCCCCCAAACUGCCGCCGUCGUCCUGCAGACCCUCGCCCUCCCCGCUGUCCUCUGAGGCGGGGGAGGCGGGGAGGGGAGGGGGCGGAGAAGCCAAACUGCCCCACCUCCAGGCGCAGAGCAGCCCCGUCUCAUCUCCCUGCCCCUCGUCCACCUCGGCCUCGUCCCCCCCUCGGCCUCGCAGGCCCGCCAUCGCCAUGGGUAACCACGGAAACGGCUUCUACCGCGACCGCCGCGGCAACCUGACGACGGUGGCGCUGCCCCAGAACGCGGUGAUCGUCAUGGCGACGACCGCCACCAUCGCAGGAGGGAGAGGGGGACGAGGGGGAGGCGGGGCCAGGGUGGAGGAGGCGGGGCCGGGGAGGAGCCUGUCACUCACCCACUCCGGCCAGUUACUGCUCUCUCCCGCCCUCCCGCCUCCGGCCGGCAAGCCCGCCUCCCCUUCCUCUCCCUCCUCCUCCUCACCCGCUCCUCCCUCCCUCCCCCUCCUCCCGUCCAGGCGCCGGGGUGGCCACCCUCUCCCUCACCCUCCUCCCCUCCCCGUCAUCGGAGGCCUGCUCCUCACCCCCUCCUCCUCCAACACCUCCUCCUCCCUCCGCUCCCCCUCCUCCUGCGGCCGCCUCCCCCCCUUCCUCCCCUCGCCACCCCGCCUCCCCCUCCCUCCCCCGGCCUUUGACCCCGACUCCUUCCUCAACUCUCCCAAACAGGGUCAGGCGUAUGGCGGCCCACCUCCUCCCUCCUCCUCCCCCCUUCCCGUUCUCUGCUCCUCCUCCCCCCUCUCCCCCCUCCCUCGCUCUCUCCCUCUCCCCCCCUCCACCCCUCCCUCCUCUGUCUCCCCUCCCUCUUCGCUCUCCUCCCUCUCCUCCUCCUCCGAGGCAGACAGGAGAGACUCGGCCCUCCCCCUCUCCUCCUCUUCCUCCUCCUCCUCCUCCCCGCCCUCGUCCUCCCCCCCUCCCUCACCCCUGUCUCCCACCUCCUCUGUGGCCCCGCCCCUCCUCCCCCUCUGUCUGGAACUGGGAGCUCUGGGGGACUCGGAGGGAGGAAGGGAGGAGGAGGAGGCGGGGGGGGAUGAAGAGGAGGUGAAGGACAGGAGGGAUGAUGAGGAUGAUGAUGAAGGCAGCGCUCCGCCCACCAAGCUGGCUCUGCUGCAGACAGGCCACGCCUCCUCUAGCUCGUCUCCACGGAAACAGACAGGAAGUAGCCCAGCUUCCCUGCUCUUGGUUUGCCAGGACUCAGCGAGCCAACCCACCCAGCCGGCCAAUCAGACGCAGCGACAGGCCGACGGACAGCAGCCGUUGGUCCUGGGACAGCGAUAUAAUCACCUGUCUGCGCCUGAAGCUCCGCCCCCGGCUCAGGUGUCCCAUCAGCCCCGGGUGCUGCAGCAGAGUCUCUCAGUGUUUGCUAACGCUAAAGCUAACGUGGCGUCUGUCGGCCUGGAGAGCACUGACACUAACUCCACCCCCGCCGCUGUCGCCAUGGAUACCACUCAACUGGCGACGCCCCCGAUCCAGGUGAAGGAGGAGAGUGGGCGGGACUACGACUCAGAGGACGCCUGCAUGGAUACACACCUGGAGGAGGAGGCGGAGCCCUGCGAGCGGGGAGGGGAGGAGCUCGACAUCUCCUUCGACAGCCAGUUUCCUGACCUCAUCUCUGACCUCAUGACUGAGGAGGCCAAUCCCGUCGCAGCUCAGCCCGCCGCCGCCGCCCCGCCAAAUCCCGCCGUGUUCCCGGCCGGGGUCCGCUACAUGGUGCCCCCCCAGCCCUCACCUUCCUCCUCCUUCCUCCCCUUUCCUCACCCGCUGCCCUCCUCCUCCUCGACCCGCCUCGCCUCCAUCACAGACUUCUCCCCAGAGUGGUCCUACCCCGAGGGAGGUGUUAAGGUAUUGAUCACAGGACCGUGGAGUGAGCCGUCGGGUCGAUACUCGUGUGUUUUCGAUCAGAGCACCGUCCCCGCAUCGCUGAUUCAACCUGGAGUGCUGCGCUGCUACUGCCCUGCCCACGAGGCCGGCCUGGUGUGUCUGCAGGUUCUGGAGUCCGGAGGGUCGGUGUCCUCUUCAGUCCUGUUCGAGUACCGAGCGAGGAACGCCAGCUCUCUGCCCAGCUCUCAGCUCGACUGGCUCUCAUUGGACGAUAAUCAGUUCAGGAUGUCCAUCCUGGAGCGGCUGGAGCAGAUGGAGCGCAGGAUGGCAGAGAUGGCCGCCCGCGACAACAACCCGCAGCAGCAACAUCAUCAUCACCAUCAUCAUCACCAGCAACGUGGCAGCCAGCUGGCCCCGCCCCCGCCCCCGCCCCUACCUGAGGACCAGGAGCAGGUCUCCAAGUCCUCUCAGUGGUUUGAGAGGAGGAUUGUGGGAGUGUGUGAGCGCAUGAUGAAGGGAGGACGAUGGGGAGGAGGAGGAGGAGGAGAGAGGCUUCAUCACUCCGUUCGUCACCGUGGGAUGACACUGCUCCACCUGGCUGCUGCACAGGGAUACACUCACCUGAUACACACUCUGAUCCACUGGAGGAGUGUUAACAGCGACAGUUUGGACUUGGAACAGGAAGUCGACCCUCUCAACAUUGACCACUUCUCCUGCACCCCGCUGAUGUGGGCGUGCGCUUUGGGCCACCAGAGGGCGGCAGAGCUCCUGUACGGCUGGAACAGUUCGGCUCUGGGGAUCCCCGAUUCGCUGGGACGCCUGCCGCUCGCCGUGGCCCGCUCUCGAGGACACACCCGCCUCGCCACGGCGCUGGAGGAGCUGCACACGCACACGCACAUGACGCCCAGGGACACGCACACGUCUCCAGCAGACACACACGCGCCGGCCACGCCGCAGCCACAGCUGCCCCCGUCGCCCCUGUCCACCAGCCCCGACACAGGUCUGAGCUCCUCCAGCAGCCUCCCCUCCCCCAGCGACCCCUCCUCCCCUUCCCCAAGCUCCGCUUACUCCAGUGGCCCCGCCCCCAUGGACACCUCCCCCUCCUCCCCCUCGUCUCCUUCCUCCUCCUCUUCCUCGCUGCCCGUCUCCCCUCCCUCCCCCUCCCCUCUUCCCCUCCCCUCCCUUCCUCCUGUGUCUAUGUGGGGGGAGGAGCCGAACACCGGGCUGAGCGCAGGUUUAAACCCCGGCGCUUCCAGAGACUCUCCUCUUUACCUCAUGGACUACGAGAGCGCCUGCCCCGCCUCCCCCGGCCACGCGCAUACUUACCCGCACGCACACGCGGCGGGCGGGCGGCGGGCGCACACGGCAGCGACGCUGGAGGAGCAGCUGCUGAGCUACAGCGAGAACGCCGAGAACGAAGGCGAGGAGGAGUACCUGGAGGAGGAGGUUGACAUGGCAACACUGGCAGAGCAAAUCAUUGAGGCGACCCCGGAGCGAAUCAAACAGGAGGACUUCCCCAGGGGGGCAGAGUCACCACUCAGAGAGAGGCGGGACAACCCGGCCAUACAGGACACCUGGCUGGCCAACUACCUGGACACGGUUGACGCCCACACACACUCCCCGCCCAGGCGGGUGUGCCCCCCCUCGCCCCUCAGUGCCCUGGCCCUCCAGAGGCUCCGCCCCCCCUCCUCUGCGGCGUGGGCGGAGUUCCUGAACGCCUCGGCCAAUGGAAAGAUGGAGAGAGACUUUGCCUUGCUGACGCUGACAGACGGAGAGCAGAGGGAGCUGUACGAGGCCGCCAGGAUCAUCCAGAACGCCUUCAGGAGAUACAAGGGUCGGAGGUUAAAGGAGCAGCAGGACAUGGCUGCAGCCGUCAUACAGAGAUGCUACAGGAAGUACAAACAGCUAACAUGGAUAGCUCUGAAGUAUGCUCUCUAUAAGAAGAUGACCCAGGCGGCCAUCUUGAUCCAGUCCAAGUUCAGGUCGUACUACGAGCAGAAGCGUUUCCAGCAGAGCCGGCGGGCGGCGGUCCUCAUCCAGCAGUACUACCGCAGCUACAAGGAGUACGAGAGGCUCAAACAGGCUCCGAGAGGCGCCGCCAGCCACAACCCCAAGAUCAAGGGGUCGUUCUUGACGAAGAAACAGGACCAGGCAGCGAGGAAGAUCAUGAGGUUCCUGAGACGCUGCAGGCACAGGAUAAAAGAGCUGAAGCAGACGAGGGAGCUGGAGAGGAGAGGACUGACCACUUAAACCUCGUCUUCACUUCAUCCCGUCUUUCAUCUCCUGGGGAGGAAAUACGAAGGAGAGACGGAGAGAACAAGAGAGAGAGAUUUUUGAUCUCGUCGUCCUUCGGCAGGUUUACUCUGACGUACGAAGCGACAGAAGCAAAACGCAGGAAAUGACUGAUGGAGAGAAGCACAGAGUGACGGAGAGAUGCCUUACCCCAUACGACUCUUCUUCCUUUCCUCUGCUUCUUUGGAUCUGUCUGUCUGUCUAUAUAUCUAUCGUCUGUCUGUCCGUCUUCUCUCCGGGUUGAAUGUAGCUGUCUGUCUGCAGCUUAAAGAGCUUCAUUCAAAAACGUCGCGCUGUCCCGUUGCUCAGCCUUACGGGCUUCUUCUUGAGGCCUUUCUCAAUACAGAGUAAGCCCUACACUACAGACUUCAGCACACCUGUACCUGACUGUACUGCCACAAAAUAAUCUGAACUCAGAGGUCCACUAACAGACCUUUUUGGAAAACCAAUUCCCACUACUUUCACCGACUGCGAUGCAGUCAACAGCCAAACUAAAUGUAAUGUUCACCACACUGCCUCUGUAGGGAGCCGGAGGCCGCUCUGUCGCGCAACUGUGCAGUCAAACAUCAAGCUUAACUUUACCGUCAAUGUCAGAUUUACACUCCAAGGCCGAAGUUCAUCCUCCAAAAGGAACUGUGUGUAAAUAUAAAUACACGGAAGCAUUCACGCAAAGCAUAUUCAGGCUACUUAUUUCAGGUCCAGUACAGCAGGCGUGAGUCCGGCUUACACACAGCCGGGGUAUCUGUUUGCUCUGUACUUGUCGAUAUGUGGACAUUAAAUGUGACUGGUGACGUUUCACAAGAACACGAGGACGCAGAUUGAGAAAGGCCUUCGGAAAGACUCGCUCAACUAAUCUCUCCUGGGAGGCAAAGCUCGGGGCAAAACGAGCCCAGGAGCAUCUGCGUCUGUUACCUCCUUCCCAUAAUUCCCUGCUGUUUUCCCGCGAAGGCCAGGGGACGAGGACUGAUGUCUGCGAGUCUUGUGGUUUAAAAUCAGCUGCGUAACAUUUUGGAAAGUUGUUCAUUUGGAGUCAACAUACUGAGUUCUUCACAAUGUACAUGAUUAUAACAAAGCUACUUAUAAAUAUAUUUAAACACAAUCACAUAUAUAAACAUAUAAAUAUAUAUAUAUAUUCUAAUGUUGUACUUUAUAGAUGCUAUGGAUGUUUUUAUUUAUUACAGCAUGAACUGUGAGUGUGUGUGUGUGUGUGUGUGUGUGUGCUGCGCAGACUGUAAGGUCGAGUCUUAAGGAACCCCCCGACCUCCGACCUCCGACUGUAGACAGGCAAAACUAACCAAUCAAAAACGCAGCUGCUGGUUUUGUUGAAGACGUUUCCGUUUGUGGAAUUGAAAAGUGAAACCUUGAGAAGAAAAGUAUCAGCUGAGCGCCGACGGGUGGAAAUGAUGUCAUUGAACAAAACGCUCCCGGAGCGCAUCGAGCUACUUUGAAACGCUUCGUGAAUCGCUGUCCGAACGCAGACAGGAAACACGCUUCAGUGUCCUUCAGUCACAGCGAUGCUGUCCGUGCGUCCACUGCAGACAGGCGCUGCUCUAGCGGGACGGCCCGACUGCACCAACAUGUGCGUUUCCACUGUAAAUGUUCUGCUGUGGAAAAGUCUUCGAUGUGAAAGACGUUUACACGCCAGAGAUGAAAUCUCUGUGUUUUCGAUCCUUCCGCUGAGCCGGCAGGUCGUUACUGUGUUUGUUGUUUUGUUUUUAAACGAAUGACGUCUUAACGAUAUUAAUUAAGGAGUUUAAAGCCAAUCGCAAAUGUUUUAUUUCCUUUAUUCUACUAAGAGAAGGCGAAGAGAGCUGUGACGUAACUCUGACGUCACAGGUCGGAGGUCAGGCUGGGGUUCCCUUCAAACUGUGUUUUAAUUCGUCCGGCAACUCUUCAGGACGGCGGCGGCGGACGGCGGCGGCGGCUCGGCCGUCGCAGUCCCCGCACAAGUCCUCCUGUUUUUGUUUUUGUUUUUUUUUAAACGUGUGCUUUUCUUAGGCAGAGACUGAAUGAUGCCGUUGUCGCGGCAACCACCACGUCUAGGACCGAGCAUGAGCUUUCCUCAUAACGAGUUGUUUGACAAGUUUGUCUUUGGCUUGUUUGACCUGAAAUAAGAAACCUUCAGUUCUCGUUCGGCUGUUGCAGUGAAGCUUUGCAUGAGUUUGUAUUUAAUUGUUCUACACUUCUAAACCUUUCAAAUGAAAUCCAUUAUUCUACAAGUCCGAUCAAUAAAGCAGCUGUUUGCUA